AUGUAUGUAACAAGGCCUCUUUCUGUAUUCUUAAAGGACGAGGUUGCUCUGUCUCUUCCACCUCCGGAGGGACCAAACUCUGGUUAUCUUGUAAUCUCCGAUAAAGAAUCUGAGACUCUCUUGCGUUUGCGAAGAGAUAAAUACAGAAUAAGGCGGCUUCCUUUCUUUCAAAACAAGGACUUCAUCAUUGAUUCCCUUUAUGCUGACACCCGCAACAAUGUCCUCUUCGUUCCAGUUUUGGAUCAGCCAUUGUCUAACAAUCGCUACUAUGUGAUGUUGAGAGACGGCUGGAUGGAUAGAGGGAAGGCACAGACAAGCUUAAAAGAAGAUGAUAUAGAAUGUGGGGGAUGUUGCAUGCCAGCUGCUAUGCCUCGUCCUUUGAAUAAUCCUUUCGACCUUUAUCAACAAUUUGAGAUAAUCCCAAAGCCUCGUGAUCGUUUCCAAGCCAAGUCCAUAGCCCCAGAUGGAAUCCCUCCCAUGCCCUUGGGGGAGGAAUGGAAGGCAUACGUUAAUAUGGAUACUGAUCGCCACCCUAUGUCUGAAGCUUCAGGCCUUAAUUCCUCCUUGCGAUCUCAAUUACCUCAUUUCAACUCUUUAUCAUCCUCUGAUCAUCAUUCUGAACCAGUCGUUGUUGGAAAAUGGUACUGUCCUUUCAUGUUCGUGAGGGACAAAGGAAAGAAAACAACAUUCUACGAGAUGACAUUGGAGCAAAAAUGGGUUCGCGUUUUUUCAAAGGAAAAUGAUAACAGUACCGCAGAAAAAGGAGUGCAUGUGGAGGUUGAUGUUGAAACGGAAGUGGCAAAAAUUGCCGGAAAAAAGGAUGCCUUCCGAUACCAAAGAAAUGAGGCUUGUAGAUUUGUGUGGUUUAUUGGGUUUGAUCGAAGGAGAAAAGAGGUAGUAGGGUUGAGCAGGGUGAUUAUUGAGAGAAUGAAAUGGGAACAAGAAAGAGUUGGAUGGGUUGGUGGAACGAAUGGAGCUAAAAAGCUAGUGAGAGUGGAGGAGUUUAAGGGUAAUGGCACUUGGAGGAGAUUUUCAUGUUAUUUGCUAGUUGAGAGUUUUGUUUUGAAGCGAAAGGAUAAUAGCUUGGUGAUUACUCGUGAUUUCAAACACACACACCAAGUUAGAUGCAAAUGGGAGUGA